AUGGCAAGUGGCACAGCACAAAACGUCUACGAUGAUUCCACCUUCUUCAACGAAUACGGUAAACUCCCUCGAUCCCAGCAGGGUCUCGCAGGCGCUCCGGAAUGGUCUGCGCUUCGCCAAAUGACCAGCACAAUCUUCGAGACCAUCGCGUUCUGGAUCUCGGCUGCGGAGCAAGGCGCGUCAUAUAUUCGAGGCGUUGAUGUAGCAGACAAGAUGAUUGCAAAAGCACGGGAAAUGACGAUACAACCAGCCUCCGCUGGAAGAUUCGCUUACGAGAUCCAGGACCUGGAAAGUAUCGUCCUUGAGUCUGCCGCAUAUGAUCUCGUAUUCAGUUCCUUGGCAUUAUACUACAUUGAGGAUCUGGACAGGCUAUUCAGACAGAUUUACGCAUGCCUUAAUCCAGAAGGCGGGAGGUUGGUCUUCUCGGUUGAACAUCCAGUUAUGACCGCGCCGGUUGAUCCGCCUGCUGAAUGGAUAAAGGUAGAGAGUGGUGGCCUCCAGAGGACUGUAUGGCCGCUGAAUUCAUACAGCGACGAGGGGGUGCGACUGACGGACUGGUUGUAUCAUCGUAUGACAGAUACGUACGUCACGCUACUGCUACAGUGCAGAUUUGAAUUGACGGGGUUGAGAGAGGGAGUGUCUUCUAUGGACGAUGUAGCAAGCCAUCUUGAAUGGGAGAGGAAGCGCCAUCGUCCGAACUUCCUUCUUGUCAGUGCUAAGGUCGCGCCGAAGGCAUGA